UUGGGAGUCCCUUUUGCGAUUGAGCAGCUGCAGACGAGUCCGGUGGGUUCAGGAACUUGUGACCCCGCUCUCCACGCGUCCCCGUCCCCCCGUGGCCCCGGCCCCGGCCAUGAAGCGCAUCUUCUCCUGCUCCAGCUCACAGGUGGCGGUGGAGAGAUGGAACCGCCGUGAUCAGAAGCUUCUGGAGGCAGUGCAGCGGGGGGACGUGGGAUGCGUGGCUGCUCUGGCCUCCAAGAAAUCUGCCCGACCCACCAAGCUAGACUCGAACGGCCAGUCCCCGUUUCAUCUGGCAGCCUCCAAAGGCCUGACAGAAUGUCUGACUAUACUACUUGCAAAUGGUGCUGACGUCAACAGCAAGAAUGAGGAUGGGAGCACCGCCCUGCACUCGGCCACCAUUUCCUGCCAGCCACAAUGUGUCAAGGUCCUGCUGCAGCAUGGUGCCAAUGAAGAUGCUGUAGAUGUGGAAAAUCGUAGUCCACUGCACUGGGCAGCCUUCUCUGGCUGUGCCUCAAGCGUGCUCCUCCUGUGUGAUCACGAAGCCUUCCUGGAUGUCCUGGAUAACGAUGGACGUACACCCCUGAUGAUUGCAUCGCUGGGUGGUCACGCAGCUAUCUGCUCACAGCUACUGCAGAGAGGCGCCCGGGUUAAUGUCACUGACAAGAAUGACAAAUCGGCUCUGAUCCUGGCCUGUGAAAAAGGCAGCACUGAGGUGGCCGAACUGCUCCUGAGCUAUGGAGCAGAUGCAGGGGCGGUGGACAGCACGGGGCAUGAUGCUUUGCAUUAUGCUCUACGCACACAAGACAAGAUACUGUGGAGGCUGCUGCGGCAGGCCCUGAACCGGCAGGGGCGGGGAGGUCAGGGGUUAGUUCAACAUCCAGAUCUUGCAUCCCAGGCCUCUCCAUCUGAGCCUCAGGUGGGUUCUCCAUGGAGAGCGGAGCCUGAGGAGGAGCAGGAGGAAGAAGAGGAUGAAGAUCCAUGUUCAGAGGAGUGGAAGUGGAAGUAUGAAGAGGAGCAGAGGAAAGUUUCCCAGUUGGAGCAGGAGCUGCUGCGAAAUACGGAAGAGUGUAAGUCUCAAUCUGCAGCUUAUCUGGGCCUGGAGAACCAGAUUCAAGAACAGGUUCGGGAGCUGGGGCUCCUCCUAUCACAAGAGCCCGGAGCUCCAGGAGACCAGGGCUCUAGUCUCCGGCCUGGAGGAGAUGGCGUGGAGCAGGGUCGUACCCUCGACCUGCUGGCUAAGUGCGUACAAGAGCUAAAGAAGCAGCAACAGGCAGCAGCCGCAGCUGCAGCAAAACCAGUAGUAGCUUCCAAGAGGGCUGAGCAUUCAGCUGGAGGGGUGAUCCAGUAUGAAGCCCAUGGAAGGUCCCAACCAGAAGAACAAGAGCCACCCCAGAGCCCAAGGUCUGAGACCACUGGGAAAUCCACAGGACAGCAACUGACCACCAAUGGUGGGCAGGCCCUUGGCCCUGAUCAUACUGACCAGCUGCAUGCUGGCCAGAAGGCGAGGCCCCAGGCCCCAGGGGCUGAACCAACAGGCACAGUGGCUGAACCAGUGCGCACAGCAGCCAUGAACCAGCUCCUGCUACAGCUGAGGGAGGAGCUGGCUGCCGUGUGGCGAGAAAAGGAUGCAGCCCGGGGGGCUUUAUCAAGACCAGACCUGGAGGGAGCUCUGGGGACGUCCCGGGCUGAGGCUGCAGCAGCAGCCUGGGAGAAGAUGGAGGCCAGGUUGGAGCGGGUGCUGGUGAGGCUGGAUUGGGCAAAAGCAGGAUUACAGAUGAAACCUGAGGCCCCUGCCCAGGAGCCCAGAGAGGGAGCCCCAAAGGCAGGCCCAGGGGCCAUCACCAAAGAGGGUGAAGGGAAGGAGGAAGGGGCUACUGGGGCCUGCGGAGAGCCUCUAGGGGCCCCUGGAGGGGAACAGAUGCCAGGAGGGGGCCUGGCGGAGGGACAACUGGAGAAGGAGGUGUCAGCACUGAGGCUGAGCAACAGUAACUUGCUGGAGGAGUUGGGGGAGCUGGGCCGGGAGCGGCGGCGGUUGCAGGGGGAGCUGCCAUCCCUGAGCCAGCGGCUACAGCGGGAGCGCGUGCCCAAGCCAGAGGCGCAGGUCCAGCUACAGCAGUUGCGGUGGAGCGUGGGGCUGCUGACAGAUGAACUGGCCCUGGAGAAGGAGGCCACAGAGAAGUUGCGGAAGCGCCUGGCCUCCCAGAGCAGAGGCCUCCGGGGACUGUGGGACUGCCUGCCCCCAGACCUGGUGGGCAGGGGGAGUGCACGGUGCCCAGCGGCCGAGCCCCUGGAGGAGCUGCAGGCCUGCGUCAGCACCCUGGUGGCCAGGCACCGCGAGGCCCAGCAGGUGCUGGCUCGGCUAGAAGAGGAAAACCAGCAGCUGCGGGGCUCCCCUGCCCAACGUGGGGAACCGGGCACCUCCUCAGAGGCCUCAGCGUCCCUCCAAGUUGAAGCUCUGGAGCAAGACCUGGGGAAGCUGGAGGAAGAGCUGAGGGCGGUUCAGGCCACGAUGAGCGGGAAGAGCCAGGAGAUCGGGAAGCUGAAGCAGCUGCUCUACCAAGCCACGGAGGAGGUGGCUGAGCUCAGGGCCCGGGAGGCGGCCAGUCUGCGGCAGCAUGAGAAAACUCGGGGCUCACUGGUGGCCCAGGCCCAGGCUUGGGGCCGGGAGCUAAAGGCCCUGCUGGAAAAGUAUAACACGGCCUGCCGGGAGAUGGGUCGGCUGCGGGAGACGGUGGCCGAGGAGCGGCGCAGGAGCGGGGACCUGGCCGCGCGCGCGGCGGAGCAGGAGCGCCAGGCCAGCGAGCUGCGCGUGCGCUCCGAGCAGUUGGAGAAAACGGCGGAGCUGCUGAAAGAGAAGGUGGAGCAUCUCAUCGGGGCCGGCCUGGACAAGGAAGCCAAGAUCAAGGAAUUGUUGAAGAAGUUGGAGCAGCUUUCAGAGGAGAUUCUAGCAGUUCGGGGAGAAAAUGCUCACCUUGCCCGACAGCUGCAAGAUUCCCAGAAGAACCACGAAGAGAUCAUCUCCACCUAUAGGAAUCAUCUGCUGAAUGCUGCUCAGGGCUACCUGGAACAGGGUGUGUACAAUAUCCUACUGCGAAUCCUCAGCAUCCAGGAGGAGUGAGGCAUCCUGUGCCCUGAAGAACAUGGGAUCUCUCUGUUGGAAUAGAGCAUCCCUGGUUGCCAGAGCCUCCAAUGGGCUGUGGUGGGUGGUGGGUUGGCCACUAUGGGUGUGUGGGUGGGGCUUCACCUGACGUUAUGGACCCCAGACCUGAGAACCUGAACCCUGGAAUCAGCAUGGAUGAGAUCAGAGGAGGUGUGCAUGGAAGCCAGCUCUGUGGAGAAUAAAGCAGGAGGCAGGAUGAUGUUGGGUGUCAUUGUUUUUACUGCCUAAAGGGGCAUGGGGGAAGGAAUCUUUUUCAUUCCUUUUUGAUCACAAAUGGCCCCAUAAGUUAGCUGCUUUCAAACUUUGAUUAUGAUCCAUAGUAACAAAUACAUUUUACAUCCUGUGUGUACAUACCUGAAAUAAUAUUUACCCUUACUAUUUCUAUUCUGUUCUAUAUUCCAUCAAAAAAAUAUUGGUUACAAUACAUCCACUAAUGGGUCAAGACCCAGUUUGAAAAACAGCAUUCUCACAGUUUGAAAAACAGCCCUCUGUAAAAAUGGAGAUUGACAUUCUUCCUUUCUCUUUCUCAAAUCUGCUUCUUACUGACUGACACACCUCUAAUCUUUUUUCUCUACCUUGGGACUCCUCAGUCCACUAUCUUUUUUAAGAAGGAUAGAUGUAGAGUCCUAGAUUUUCUUCAAGAUGUACAAUCUAAAAUAUUCUAUCAUGUGUUAAACCAUGUGUCUAGAUUUGAGGUGCAUGGUCUUAGGUAGUCAGUGUUCUUUUCCCCAGGUGCAAAGAGGGAUGAAAAAUCUGAUUCCUGGAAGAGGGAAGAAGGGAUACUCAGCUUUGGCUUCUUCCCCCCAGUUCUGUUCUCAGACUGAAAAAAUGUAUCUCUUUGGGCCACUUCCCCUGGGUCUCCUCCCCUUCCUGCCCCUCCACCAGCCAGACUGCUAGGUGAGAGUGAGGCAAGUGAGUUCCUCCAAAAUCUGGAAUUGCAGUUUGGUGGCCGCCACACUGAUCCCUCCCAGUUCCUUCUCGCAGCCCGCCCCCUGCUGGGUUAUGCUGGGUCAGGCGGCAGCGGUUUGGCAGUAGAGACUAACUGGGCUGAGAGAAGAGUGGGGAGGGGCCGUCGUGGAAGAAAGGGGGCCACUGGAGGGCUGCAGAGCCUCGCUCCAGGGUCUGGCCAGGAAAAGAGCAGCUAUGUAGAUUAGGUCCUAAAGAAGAUGAGGGUCAGCUUCGGGGUUUAUGUGGAUGGGCACAAGACUGCUUUAAGGUUGGGAGAAUGAAGAGAGGAGGAAUUGAUGGGGAAAAAGAAGGGUGCAGCUGCCAGAAGAGCAUCAAAAUGUCCAAGUCAUUUCUAUUAAGGGGAACAGAACCUCUCUUUUCCUUUCUACCCUUAGAGUUACCAAAGAAUAGAAAAGGACUGUUACAUUCCUUAUUAUAUAUGCAGUGUGGGGUGGGAAGAAUGAAGAAACUGCUGAGAGAAGGGUCCAGAGAGGGGGAGAUCAUUUUGCUAAGUUCAAGUAUGAGUCAGGAAACAGCUCUGGUAAUGGAAGCCAGGCCCUUGGCUUCCUCUGGAGCUCCUGGAAGCUGAUCCCAGGAUGGCUGAGCUGUGGGAAUGGUCAGUGAUGUUAAUGAUAACACAGAA